AUGAUUGUUUCUGAAAUAAAUAAUGAAACAAUAGAAUCAGAUUUUUCUAAUGUUGGUGAAAUACAAGAUAUUUAUGAUAUAAAUGAAAUAUAUAGUGAUGAUGUUAUUGUACAAGAUAUUAAUGAUAAUUGUGCACAAGAAAUUUAUAAUGAUUUAUUAUCAUUAUAUUGUUCUGAAAUUGAAGAGGAUUCUAAAAACAUACCAAUACAAAAAAUUACUGAAAUUAACAAUUUGGAUGAUGAUUUUGAAAUUGGAGAGUGUUCUAAGAACAUAUUAGUUCCUGAAAUUAUUGAAAUUAUCGAUUCUGAUGAUGAUUCAACUUUUAGAAAAGAAGAAAAGAAAGACCAAAACCAACAUAAAGAAAAAUAA